AUACGGCAACCCUGUCACCUACUUUGCAAAUAUGGCGUAGAGUUGUACAAAAUGCAGUGGGAGAUAUUUGAUAAACUUGUCAAUUCUGAAUUUUAAUAAAAAGACAUGUAUCUAGGAUAAGACUAUUGCAAUCGACUAUAGUGUGCUAGACGAGUAUUAAGAGUGAAAUGUGAAUUUUACGCAAUAGCGUUUUUCGAAGACUGCGACAAGGGCACAAGAUUUGAUUAACUAAAAGCAAGCAGGUUGUGUAAUAUUUUAACGUCCUUUCCGAAAUAUAAGCAGACAACAAAAAUGGGCAAACAAAAUAGUAAAUUAAAGCCAGAAGUCCUGGAGGACUUGAAGCAGAAUACUGAGUUUUCAGACGCGGAGAUACAAGAAUGGUACAAAGGUUUUCUAAAGGAUUGCCCCAGUGGACAUUUGUCUGUAGAAGAAUUUAAGAAAAUAUAUGGGAACUUUUUCCCGUAUGGCGACGCUAGUAAGUUUGCGGAACACGUGUUCCGGACUUUCGACGCGAACGGCGACGGCACGAUAGACUUUCGGGAAUUCUUGUGCGCGCUGAGCGUGACGUCACGCGGCAAGCUCGAGCAGAAGCUCAAGUGGGCCUUCUCGAUGUACGACCUGGACGGCAACGGGUACAUCUCGAGGCAGGAGAUGCUCGAAAUUGUCACAGCCAUAUACAAAAUGGUGGGGUCUGUAAUGAAGAUGCCUGAGGACGAGUCGACGCCCGAGAAGCGGACCGACAAAAUAUUUCGACAAAUGGACAGAAACAAAGACGGAAAACUCUCUCUAGAAGAGUUCAUAGAGGGCGCCAAGAGCGACCCGUCUAUCGUACGACUGUUGCAAUGCGACCCCCAGUCUCAGUGAACGUUAGUACUCAAGUACCACUCAGUUUAGCCACACUUAUAUAAAACUGUUGUAUAAUAUCACCCUUAUUACAAUGCUUGUAAGAGCUAGUGCGCAAAGUAACGCGUCGUAACACAUUCGAUCAGUUUGUUGUCCUGUUGCUUGGCUGUUUGUUACAUUUCCCACAAUUAUUACUCACUAUAAUGUAAUAAGGUUAUAAGGGUUUGUAAAAGUUUAAAUAGUUUAUGCUCUGUGCUUCUUGUUCACAAAUACUUGCAAUGUAUGGUUACGUUAGUUCUAUGCUAUAGAGGCGAGAUGGGAAGGUAUGAGUAACGCAGUUCCGACUGCUCGACUACACCAAGAAAUGGUUGUGACGAGAUUCUACAGAUAGAAUGGUUACACAAAUCUAAUGUUCAUAUUUACAGUAAGCGAACAGUAGAAACGUAGUACAAACAUUAGUAUAAAAUAGUUGAAAUAAAUUAUAUUAUUUAUACAGCAUCAGUUAAAGAGGAAUAGAUGCUAUUUACAAGAUACGAAAUAACGGAAACGCAGCAAUAAUUCCAAAGAUAGAGUAUUUACGGUUAGAUAGGUCUAUGGAGAAAACAUGAAUAUUUUGAUAAUAAUAUGAAGUUAGACUAACGGAAUCUUGUCUUCUAUAUAUCUGUAAGUUCUUUAACGAAACGAAAACACCAAAAGACAAAUACAUUUAUAAAAGACAGACAGACAAAGUAAUUCGUUGACCUAGAUGGAAUUCGACUUGUGUAAAAACUUCCCGAGUAACAACCAAACAGCAGGACAAAAUGUGCGACUGUAAUGUGUAUAGUGUUCAAAGAUUUUUCCCAUUAAUACUAGUUAGGUUAAAUACACAUUCUGUGCCCACAAACGUUUUGCGGCUUGUCGAAUAAGCGGGCUCGCGAGUGCUCGCUAGUGCUCGUGCUUAAAGACAUUAAUGUUAUGCCGACACAUUCUCAUCUAUUUACAAUAUAUCUGCAGUCGUCAAAUCGCAUAUUUAUGCCCCUUGAACAAUUGUGCAUCUCUUAACUUCGUAUCCCAGUUUCAUUGAUUGCACAAUUCUACAUACAAUCGAUAUACAUAAGCAUAUAUCGAUGUGUUAAUAUUGCAUGCGCAUAACUCACUUGCCCGCUUAUAUCGCGUCUAAAUUUUUAUCCAAUUAGGUAUCUCCCUAUAUUAUCGAAAUAAUAAUUGAUUAUAUCUACAAAUAUUGAAUGUUCCAGCAAUCAAUACAUUGGUGUAAUAUGAGAUUUUCGGAAUUUCUAGAUCUUAAUGAUUCAAUUUAAAUUUUAAUGCAAUCAUUUACCGUAUAUUUAAAAUUAUAAGUGUGUCUUGCUAUACAUCUGAUAAACGAUAUUCUAAAGUCUUAUUUGACAGUUAAAUUAACCGUAACUGGUGGAAAUAUGCUGUAGAUUACUCAUAUAUAUUUGUUUAAAUUAAUUUAACGAUGUUAAUGCCUUGCCUUGAGACAUGUGAGUGUAGCUGCGUGUGACCUGCCUAAAUAAUAAUAUAUUUAAUAUUGUUACUUAUGUCAUUCCUAUCAGACUAUUAACGAACAUGACAAUUAGACGAUUCUAGUGUAUUUGCUUCGUGCAGAUAUUAUGAGAUUAUUCGAUGGGUCUCUGGCAGAUCACACGUGGCUACAUAGCAUUAGGGCACUAGGCAGUACAUACGGCUGUCUUCUCACUGCUAGAAACAUCACCUCGAUUGAACGACUCGACGGAUUCAUCUGUAACGUCGGCUGACGAUAUGAGAACAUAUACUGAGUUCACAACAACAACGCAAUAACGACACAAAUCACAUUAGUUAUAUAUGUUGAUCUAAGUGUGUGUUCUCAUGUUCGCACCGUAUGCCUAAAUAUUACAUGAAACAUAGGCAAGUUCUAGCAAUGAAAAGACAUCGUCUUAUAGCACAAUUUAGGAAGACAUGUACGCAACAAACGACACAUACAAAUACGAUAAUAUACAGUUAAUAUUAAUUUAUAUUAUAAUGAAUAUUCAUGCUGAUUUAUUCGCGUAGCUGAUAUUAUUAAGGUUUAGUUUUAAUGAAUGAUGAAAAAUUUAUGAAUUCAUUAUAAUUGUCCCGAGUCAGCCUAAGUAUUAUUAUUCAAUUAUUACGUUGCAAAAUGAUUUGUAAGGGUUUUUUAAUAUGAUUAGUAUGAUAUGAAAUGUAACAAUUGACAGUAGUUAGAUCGAGUGUUUCACACUGGACUGGAUUCGACCUUCAACCGGCUUUAGGGCGGCCGAAGAGGGACCACCACGUUACAUUGGUCGGAGUCACACGCUACCACAACAUAUUUACAUUAUAAUAUAGUAUUUGUGUAUUCUAUACAAAAGGUCUAUGAAGGUAUUGUGGCAAGACUGCUAUUAAUUGUUAUGAUAUAUAAUAGAUAUAUUGAGUAGAAGCCCCUAGUUACCCGUGGUCUUUCUGCGAAGCCCUGAACCCAUCCUGAGGUCGCGAGACGACGGCCGCUGCGAACCCGCCUUUAUGUUAAAUGUUGUAUAAAUGUCGUAGUUUACGUGAUUUUUAGUAUAGACUUU